GGGGCUAAGAGUUGGCGAUGGUUGGGGAGUGUAUGAAUUUACCGUUAAUAUUUAAGUUUAGAAAGUUUUUUGUUGUUGAUUAACUCUGUAUACAUACGAAAAUUCGACUUAUUAAUAUCAAUUUGCGUUUGAUGCGUCAAUUGUUGAAAUCAAAAUGUUAAGUUUUGUCCUUAGUGGUUUUACAUUUACACAGUGAAUAUAUGUAAAAUGUGUCUGGUUAUGUUUGUUUUUAUGUAUUUACAGGGCUGCCUUGUUUCAGCCCAAUACGCCAAUGGGAACUCAUAGACUUCUAAUGUAGAUUGUAAAUAGUUUAUUUAGGAAUACAUAUCUCCUUUGUGAUAGUCAUUUAUUUUAUAUGAAAAAAAAUGUUUCGUACAAAGGUGCGUUUCCAUACCUGCAAAGUGAUCCUGUUAACAUCACUUGUUUGGAUGAUGCUCGUGGUAGCAGUUUUAACAUUUUAUUCAGACUGUGCUCUUGGAGGUGGUUGGGGUUGUCAGAGGCUAGUAAAAACUGUUGAUGUAGAUGUACAGAAGUCCAGUGUGCAAAGUUUAAGAAAAGGAAGGGGUGCUCUGUAUGAACAUCUGCAUGAUCGGGGAAAAUUACAAGAAAAGCUUAUUUAUGAUAAAUCUACAUUAAAAAGAUGGAGACCUGCCCCACCAGUAUCAGAAAAUCCUGGAAAACCUGGUGAAAUGGGGCGUGCUGUCACUAUACCUAAAGAAAAACAUAAAUUAAUGAAAGAGAAAUUUAAAUUAAAUCAAUUUAAUCUCCUCGCUAGUGAUAUGAUAUCUUUAAAUCGGUCGUUGGCUGAUAUAAGACAAGAAGGUUGCAAAGAUAAAAUCUAUCCAGCACUUUUACCCACAACAAGUAUAGUCAUUGUUUUUCACAAUGAAGCCUGGUCAACUCUUCUUCGAACAGUAUGGAGUGUUAUUAACAGGUCACCAAGACCAUUGUUAAAAGAAAUUAUUUUGGUGGAUGAUGCCAGUGAAAGAGAUCAUUUAGGAAAACAACUAGAAGAUUAUGUUGCUACACUCCCUGUUCCUGUUCAUGUUUUAAGAACAGAGAAAAGAUCUGGGCUUAUCAGAGCCAGACUGAUUGGUGCCAAACAUGUUACUGGUCAGGUCAUAACUUUCCUCGAUGCUCAUUGUGAAUGUGCAGAAGGAUGGCUUGAACCUUUACUCUCUAGGAUUGUUGAAAACAGAAAGACAGUUGUUUGUCCUAUUAUUGACGUUAUAUCUGAUGACACUUUUGAGUAUGUUACUGCUUCUGAUAUGACUUGGGGUGGUUUUAAUUGGAAAUUAAAUUUCAGAUGGUAUCGAGUGCCCCAAAGGGAAAUGCAAAGAAGAGGAGGUGAUCGUACUGCACCUUUAAGGACACCAACAAUGGCUGGUGGCCUUUUUUCAAUUGAUAGAGAUUAUUUUUAUGAAAUUGGUGCUUAUGAUGAAGGAAUGGAUAUAUGGGGUGGUGAGAAUCUUGAAAUGUCCUUCCGGGUCUGGCAGUGUGGAGGUAGCCUGGAGAUAAUUCCUUGUUCUCAUGUGGGGCACGUCUUCAGGGACAAAUCCCCGUACUCUUUCCCUGGUGGGGUCUCGAAGAUUGUCCUCCACAAUGCAGCGCGUGUCGCUGAAGUGUGGAUGGAUGAAUGGCGAGAUUUCUAUUAUGCCAUGAACCCAGGGGCAACAAACGUGGCAGUAGGAGAUGUCUCAGAAAGGAAAGGUUUAAGAGAAAAGCUGAAAUGUAAAUCAUUUCGUUGGUACUUAGAAAAUAUAUAUCCUGAAUCCCAAAUGCCAUUGGACUACUAUUAUUUGGGAGAGGUUAAAAAUUUGGAGAGUCAGAACUGCCUUGAUACAUUAGGAAGAAAAAGCUCUGAAAAUCUGGGAAUGAGUUAUUGUCAUGGAUUGGGUGGAAAUCAGGUAUUUGCUUAUACGAAACGUCAGCAAAUAAUGUCAGAUGAUAAUUGUUUGGAUGCAGCGAAUAUUGAUGGACCAGUUAAGUUAGUACGAUGCCAUGGAAUGGGAGGAAAUCAGGCUUGGGUAUAUAAUGAAGAGGAUGGGACAAUAAAGCACGUUAACACAAACCAGUGUCUGCAGAAGCCUGAUCCCAGAGACUCGUCCCAGCCAUUGCUGAGGACCUGUGAUAAUAGCCGAGGCCAGCAGUGGAUUAUGAAUAGUAAAUUUAAAUGGCAGGCUAAUAGCUAGGAGUUACCACUUUCCUAGGCUAAACCCUGAAAUUAUCAGACCAACUCUUUUUAUAAAUUGUGAUUAGAGCAAUAAAUAUUAUCUAUAUUUUUGUUAUUUUAACUAAGUGCCCUUUCAUUUGUCAUUAAAGGUUUAUACUUAUACCACGUAAUAUGAAAAAUAUUGGCCACUUAAUAGUGCCAUGGUAGUGAUAGGUUUUGUUUUCAUUUAAAUAAAUAUAUUCUAUAAAAAGUAAUACUUUAGGCAAAAAUUAGAUUUUUAAAGUAUGUUUAGAGUACAUUCAUCAGUUCAUUUGGUUAAGUUCUUAGAGAACUUUUUUUUUAAAAAGUCUGUGAAACAUGGUUGUUUAAAAAAUUCAGGGUUUAUCACUUUGAAGUGUGAUAACUUAACUAAUUAAUUUUAUUGAUUAUAUUUCAAUUCAUAUAAUAUUCUUCUUUUAUUUGUUUAAUUUCCCAUCAUGAUUUUCAAUAUGUAAAGAUAAUCAAGAUGCUCAUAAUCUGUUUGAUAACUUUACUAGUUUGGAACAUUAAAAUAUUAACCAUUCAUUAAAAUAUUUAUUAUAAAUUUAAUUGUUUUUUGUUCAAGUUAUC